GUUCGGCUUCGUAGAAAACGGAGUGUUUUCGCGUUGUGUGCAUAAAGGCAAGAUGGGUUGUAGCCUAUCAUCCACAAAUAUAGAUCAUCGUGACCCUGAACCGGUCCUGUCUGGGUCAAAGCCAGUGAGUCAAGAUUUUAAUUCGAUGCCAAAUAAUGAAAAUACUGGAAACAAGUCUGGCGGGUCAAACUCAGGAUUGGUAAACGCCUUUGGUUUGAAAACUUCAAGCUCUGAUAUUAAAUGCCAAAUAACGGAACCAGUUGACAACAAUAAAGAGAUGAUAUCGCAGUUUAGUAACGAAGUUGAAAACCGACAUGUUGAAGCCGCGCAGAAGAAGUUCAAAACACCUCAACUAUCCGGCCAAAGAGAGAGCAAGUCAAAGAAACAAUCACACGAAUUAGAAAUAAAGGAACUUAUGGAAAAAAACAAUCAGGCAACCAAGGUUAUAAACCAACAUGAAGCUGAACUACACAAACGUGAACAAAAGAUUCAACGUCUAAAAGCGAAGUCAAAGGGAAGAGAGGAAACUCUACAAACGUCAAUCAAUGACCUAAAAAACGAAAAUGAAGAUCUAAAGAACAAGAUUGAGAAACAAAUAUCCUCUUCGAAACAGAAACUGGAAAAAAGUCGAACUAAACACAAACAAAAAGUGGAUAGACUUAUUGAGGACGCUGCAAGACUAAAACAGGAAAUCGCUGAGCUUACACAAGCGAAUGAUGAUCUUAAAAAUCGUUUAAGUGCCGUGUUUGGAGCCAAGCUUCAAGACAACAAUCCGCAAAUUGCUGACCUCAGUGACCAGAACAGAGCCACUAAGCUGGCGGAGCAGUUUUCUGAGCUAUAUGACAAUGAUUGGACCAAUUGCUUUGAAGUUCUUACCAAACAAAAAAAUAUUAAUGAGAAAGAGGCCAUUGGGCAGAUGCUUCAAGCUUGCUUGACAAUAUACAACGACUGCAGUACACACGCUUCAAAUGAUCUUCAGACAUUGAGGCAAACUCUAGAAAGAUUCGAUGCUGAAACAGACAUCCGUCUUGUGAAAGAUCUGAAGGAAAAAAGAAAGAGACGUUUUCAAGGCGACAUUAAGAGACUAAGACAGCCUAUUGAAGAAAAGAUCAUUACAAUAUUCAAAGAUUCAACAAAUGAAACAACUGUUGCAAAAUUUUGGUUAAAAUGUAUGGAAUUAUGCUGGUUGAUGGUAAUACAAGAUCCCCCUGUUUCCAUGGACGCCAGAACAAGUCACCUGGGUGAAGUUUUCGAUCUAGCUUCAUAUCGACCUUAUACACAGUCCGGGAAGUAUAUUGAAUUCAUCGUGUGGCCAACGUUACGGCUGACAGAAAACGGUCCUCUUUUGUACAAAGGGGUAGCCCAGGGAGCCGAUACACUUGAACAAUAUUCGGAUUGUGUUGAUACCGCCGUUCUCUUCGUAGAGCGAAAUCGUUCAAAAGUAUCACACGAACCUUUAAAUAAGGAUACAAGUAAAACGUUAGAUGAAGUAAAAAAAUCUCCCAAAAUAUCUUCCAUUGGUUUUGGAACCAACGUAUUAGAAAACAAAGAAGAACACAAUACCAGGAACAGUCAACAACCUGCAGACCAGAACAUAGACAAACAGGCAGUUAUCACAGAUGACAGUGCUGCUAGUGGGCUUCCUGUGGAACAAGCAAUAAAUCAUAAUAAAGCAUAUAAGAAAAGCAACUCCAACACGGAUGACCGCACUAACGUAAAUGUUAAAACAUUUGAUACCCAAACACAACCAGCUUCAGACGAGAUACAAUGGGAAGACUCAUUAGGUGAACUGAAACCUGAACAAACACAAGAAUCUAAUGAAAAAGGCAGUGCAAACUCUAUUGAAGACAACAUGAAACCACACGAGAAACGUAAAAUGGCAAGCUCAGAUGCGAAAGAAAAAUAUAAUGAGAAAAGUAAAAGGAAUACAACGGUGGAUGAAAACAAUCAAAGGGGCCGGUCAAGAAAACAAAAAGGUUGCAAAAAUGAAUUUGCAAAGUCUAGUAAGCCUCUAGCAGCGGACAAUAAAAAUCAAGAUAACAAUGUCACCAUAAAACAAAUGUCGAAAUCAUUAAGAGGUACAACUGACAGCGAUACAGGUGAUAAGAAAAUCACUACGAUACAGAUUAAGUUAGACAAUGCGAAUAAUAGAAAUCAAUCAAAAUGACUUCUUGCUUAUUCUGAACAUAUUUCAAAUUAAUCCCUUUUAUUAAAAGGUAGAAAUAAUGUGUCAUCAUAAUCAGGAAACUAUGAAUUAUAUACAAUGUAUUAGUCCUUUAAUAUGAAUGCAUAUUUUUUUUGCAUGUAAUAAUUUAAGCCUCGUAUACAGUUACAUCACAAAAGUCUCUGAAUAUACACGUGAUGACAUCAUUGUAUGACAUGUUAGCGUAUUAGCCCUGACUAAAUUUAGUUUUUAACCCUGGUAAUUGGUUGUGAUUGAAGCGCAUUUGGUAAAAAUGUGAUCAUAAGGAAACAAAUACAUUAUUGUGAAUAUUCAAAGCUACACUUACUAGUCAAGCGCAUUUUAAAAACAAUCGUUGGAAUCCAAGCGUGUCUAUGAAUUUUCUAACACUGUAUGUACUAUUUGGUCUAGACAAGAAAUUAUAUAUGCAUACAACUUGGAAAUCAAAAUCGUGAUGGACAUUUGCAACUUAUAAAAGCGCGUUUUAACAUAAAUAAAUUUAAAGCGGAUUUUUCGAUAACAUGUUGUAAACAUGGAAGGCCUGUAUGUAUAUAAUACAAGUGUUUAAACGUUCUAUACAGCGGAAAGUUACAUUUAUUUACACCAAAUUCAUGUUUGCCUCGAUGAAACAAAUUUGUAUAAUUACAAAUUAUAUAUCUCUUAACUGUUUCGAUUUGUUUACCUGUUUGAUGUUUUGGUAAGUGUGAACAUAGCACGAAUACGUACCAAGCGAUAACGUAUUAUUUGAUUUUAUAUUUUGGUUAUCAUUGUUUACCCGUUUUUCAGUUCGACAACUAAUCGUACCUUUUAAGUAUCUACUAUUGCUUUGAACCAAUCGCGGCAGCAUUCUGAUUGUGUUUUGUUAAUUGUCAAAAUCAUAUUCUUAAUUCAAUCACACCUUUUAAGUUUUUACUAUUGUUUUCACGCGAUCGUGGAUGCAUUCUAAUCGUUGUUUGUCAAUUUUCAAAAUCAUAUAAACAUGCAUUAAAUAUAGGGACAUUUUAAUGUUUCACCACAGAGAUAUGCUGUAAUUGUAACUAAAAACAAAACGCCAAAGUUUUUCUGCUUUUAUGAAUACCUCGUAUGCAAAUUAUUUCGUUAAUUCAGCAUGCUUGUUUCGAGGUUUGUUAUACGCUGUACCUCAAGUUGACAUUCAAAGUGCAUGAUAUUGGUAUAUAUAACGUUGUUCUUAUAAACACAGCCCUAUACCGAGUAAAGUGUUGACAUUAUAUUGUGCAUUUAUUUAAUGAAUUUGUAUGACAAACACGGUACAUGUCUUCAUAAUAUUGUAAAUUUCUAUGUUUGAUUUGGCUUGAAGUUUUAUUAAUUUUGUGUAUUUUGUCUAGCAACGUUAUUCCAUACAGUAUACAUUAUAUAUUUA